AACCCUGAUUAUUCCCGUUGAGCUGUUAGGUUUCCAUUCCUAGUCAAUCGCUCAUUCAGAGAGGCCCUGGGCGCAUUCGACUGGUUCCUAGGUUAUAUUUUUUUUCUUUCUUUUUCUCUCUUCCCCUCCAUUGUGAAGUUUCGAGCAAUUUCACCUUCCAGCCGCAUCGACAUCAGUGCCAGCGUCAUAAUUACCCUGUACAUCUGCAUUACGCGCCUCUUGCUGCCCCACCGCACAUCGCCAAGCUACGAACUGAAUCGAUUUCCCGAAUAAUACGCGCUUCUAUUUCUGGCAUUAUACCUGAGAUUUUGUUCCUGUGAGCCCAGUCACACGCCGACCACGCCGACCACGCCGGCCUCUCAUGAUCUCGUGGCUUGGGCCACUCUACCAUGGCGGACCCUUCCAAUGAGAAAGCAGUGGAAGCGGGAGCGUUUGAACCUCGGCCGGCCACAGAACCACCACCAUCUCGCGGGGCACCGCUCGCCGGAAACCAGGAGCAGGAAAGGCUGGAGGGCGAGGAUGGGCUCCGGAGGACGGAGACCGCCGUGGACAAGACCGAGGAUGCUGAGGGGAGACACGACCUGAACCGCCUGGGGACCACGGCUACCGCCACCAGCGUGACCAGUACCGCAGCAACAAACAGGCUGCCCGAGCAGAAGCCAUGGUACAAGCAGCCGAACCCUCUGAGAUGGGGUCGGAUCCCUCCGGUACCCAAGGAGAAGGAGGUGUGUCCGGAGUACAAGGCCGGCUUCUUCAGUUCACUGCUGUUCGCCUGGAUGGGACCCUUGAUGAACCGCGGGUACAAGCGCCCGCUCGAGUUCAACGACAUCUACAGCGUCAACCCGGACCGCGCCGUCGACCCCCUGACCGACAAGCUGCGGGCCGCCUUCAAGCGCCGCCUUGACGCCGGAGACAAGUACCCGCUGCUCUGGGCCAUCAACGAGACCUUCUUCUGGGAGUUCUGGUUCGGCGGCUUCUGCUCCCUCGCCUCUUCCGUCUUGCAGGUCUUGUCCCCAUUUGUGCUGCGAUUCCUGAUCCAGUUCGCCGCCGACGCAUAUGUCGCAAGCCUCAGGGGCCUUCCCACCCCCCACAUCGGCCGCGGCAUAGGCCUGGUCAUCGGCGUCACGUGUAUGCAGGUCCUGCAGAGUUUGGCGACCAACCACUUCAUCUACCGCGGCAUGCUCGUGGGUGGCAUGACGAGGGCUUCUCUGAUCAGUCUGAUCUACGAGAAGUCCAUGGUGAUUUCGGGACGUGCCAGGGCCGGGGGCGCAGAGCUCCCGGACAUACCCGCUGCCAAGGCGGCGGCAGAGCAGAGGAAGAAGGACAUGGCGCGUCAAGCAAAGAAGAGCAGGAAAGGCCCGGCGGGGAAGCCCCCGGGUGUCCCUGGCGACGGCGUCGGCUGGGACAACGGGAGGAUCAUGGCCUUGAUGAGUGUGGAUACCUACAGAAUAGACCAGGCAUUUGGUCUAUUCCACAUCGUCUGGGCGUCGCCCAUCGCGAUCCUCGUCACCCUGGCGCUACUCCUCGUCAACCUGACGUACAGCGCCCUCGCCGGCUUCGGCCUGCUGGUGAUUGUCGUGCCCCUUCUCUCCAAGGCCGUCAAGGGUUUGUUUGCUCGGAGAAGAGACAUCAAUAAAAUCACGGACCAGAGAGUGAGCCUUACGCAGGAAAUCCUGCAGUCAGUCCGGUUCGUCAAGUUCUUCGGGUGGGAGGAAUCCUUCCUGAAGCGUCUCGACGAAUUCAGGUCUCGCGAGAUCGGAGCCAUCCAGGUGGUGCUGGGCAUCCGCAAUGCCAUAAUGGCCAUCGGCGUCUCGUUGCCCAUCUUUGCCUCCAUGCUCUCCUUCAUCACCUACUCGCUCUCCCAUCACAAUCUCGCACCCGCCGAGGUGUUCUCCUCACUGGCCCUCUUCAACAGCCUGAGAAUGCCCCUGAACAUACUCCCCCUAGUCAUCGGCCAGGUCACCGACGCGAUGUCGUCAAUCACGCGUGUCCAAGAGUUCCUGAUUGCCGAGGAGCGCGAGGACGAAGCCAUCCACAAGCCCGACGCCACCCACGCAGUAGAGAUGCGCAAUGCUUCCUUCACGUGGGAGAGAACGCGGACACAGGAUAACGAGGGAACCAUUGCCGGGCCGGCGCCGGUCUCUGGCCCAACGCGAGAGAAGCCCGACAGCUCCAAGGCUGAUUCGUGCGAAGAAUCCAGCACCCUUGCGGAGGAGCAGGAGCCGUUCAAGCUUCAGGAUCUAAACUUUACGAUUGGUAGAAACGAGCUUGUUGCUGUCAUUGGCACCGUUGGCAGCGGCAAGACGUCCCUGCUCGCUGCUCUAGCCGGCGACAUGCGUCAGACGAGCGGCGAGGUCAUAUUGGGCGCCACCAGGUCCUUCUGCCCUCAGUACGCCUGGAUUCAGAACGCAACAGUCCAAGAGAACAUUCUUUUCGGCAAAGAGAUGGACAGGGAAUGGUAUUCCGAGGUUGUUAAAGCGUGCGCCUUGCAACCGGACUUGGACAUGCUGCCCAACAACGACAUGACGGAAAUCGGAGAGAGGGGCAUCACCAUCUCCGGAGGGCAAAAGCAGAGGUUGAACAUCGCUCGCGCCAUCUAUUUCGAUGCCGACAUAGUCCUGUUGGACGACCCUCUGAGCGCAGUCGACGCUCAUGUAGGCCGUCAUAUCUUCGACAAUGCCAUCCUCGGUCUGCUCAAAGACAAGUGCCGCAUCUUGGCGACGCAUCAACUCUGGGUUCUGAACCGCUGCGACCGUAUCAUCUGGAUGGAGGGUGGCAAGAUUCGGGCCAUCGACACUUUUGAUAACCUCAUGAGGGAUUCCGAAGGCUUCCGGCAACUGAUGGAGUCGACGGCCGUAGAAAAGAAGGACGAAGAGGACGCAGCCACCCAGGUACCUGGAGACAAGGGCCCUGCCAAGAAGAAGAAGCAGAAGAAGGGCGGCCUGAUGCAAGCCGAGGAACGCGCAGUAUCGAGCGUCCCCUGGUCGGUGUACGCUUCCUACAUCAAAGCGUCGGGCUCGUACCUGAAUGCUCCCCUUGUCCUCAGCCUCUUGAUCCUGUCACAGGGAGCCAACAUCGUCACGAGUCUGUGGUUGUCUUGGUGGACCUCGGACAAGUUCGGCUACAACAUGGGAACGUACAUUGGCGUCUACGCCGGCCUCGGCGCCGGUCAAGCGCUGAUUAUGUUCCUCUUCAUGAUAUCGCUCUCCGUGUUCAGCACAAGAGCAAGCAAAGGGAUGCUCCGUCAGGCCGUGACCAGGGUUCUGCGCGCUCCCAUGUCCUUCUUCGACACUACGCCCCUCGGCCGCAUCACGAACCGAUUCAGCCGCGACGUUGACGUCAUGGAUAACACCCUCGCGGAUGCGAUGCGCAUGUACUUCUUCAGCGUCGGCACCAUCCUCGCUGUCUUCAUUCUCAUCAUUGCUUAUUUCUACUACUUUGUCAUUGCUCUCGUGCCCUUGGUCAUCGUCUUCCUCUUUGCCACAAACUACUACCGUGCCUCGGCCCGCGAAAUCAAGCGCAUCGAGUCGAUUCACCGGUCGACCCUGUCUGCUAAGUUUUCCGAGGGCUUAUCCGGCAUCGCCUGUAUCAGGGCCUAUGGGCUAACAGGCCGAUUCAUUGCCGACAUUCGCAAGGCUAUCGAUAACGUGGACUCGGCUUACUUCCUCACUUACUCGAACCAGAGGUGGCUGUCGGUGCGGCUCGAUCUGAUAGGCAACUGCCUGGUCUUCACGACCGGUAUCCUAGUGGUGACGUCCCGAUUCUCGGUCGACCCGUCGAUCGGCGGCCUGGUCCUCUCGUAUAUCCUGGCCGUCGUCCAGAUGAUACAGUUUACUGUUCGCCAGUUCGCCGAAGUUGAGAACGGAAUGAACUCGGUAGAGCGUCUCCGCUACUAUGGCACCGAACUCGAGCAGGAAGCGCCUCUGAAGACGAUCGAGGUCCGAAAAUCCUGGCCGGAGAAGGGCGAGAUCACCUUUGACAACGUCGAGAUGCGGUAUCGCCCGGGCCUUCCGCUCGUAUUGCAAGGCCUUAGCAUGCACAUCCGGGGCGGUGAGCGCAUUGGCAUCGUCGGACGCACUGGCGCCGGCAAGAGUUCCAUCAUGUCCACCCUGUUCCGACUGGUAGAGCUCUCGGGCGGUCACAUCACCAUUGACGGGGUCGACAUCUCGACCAUUGGGCUGCAUGACCUCCGUUCCCGCCUCGCUAUCAUCCCCCAAGACCCGACCCUCUUCCGUGGAACGGUGCGGAGCAACCUCGACCCCUUUGGCGAGCACACCGACCUCGAACUGUGGUCCGCGCUGCGGCAAGCCGACUUGGUCUCGGACGACGCCGGGCCGAGCUCGGACUCGGAAGGGGUUUCUCCAUAUCGCGACGGCACUAACACGGCGGCCAAGGAGACCUCCCGCAUCCACCUCGACACGACUGUCGAGGAAGACGGGCUCAACUUUUCGCUCGGACAGCGCCAGCUGAUGGCGCUGGCGCGGGCCCUCGUGCGCGGCUCGCAGAUCAUCGUGUGCGACGAGGCCACGUCGAGCGUCGACAUGGAGACGGACGACAAGAUCCAGGCGACCAUCGCCACGGGCUUCCGCGGAAAGACGCUGCUGUGCAUUGCCCACCGGUUGCACACCAUCAUCGGGUACGAUCGCAUCUGCGUCAUGGACAAGGGCCGCAUCGCCGAGAUGGGUCCGCCGAUCGAGCUGUGGGAGAAUGAGGGGGGCAUCUUCAGGAGCAUGUGCGAGCGCAGCGGCAUCCGGGGGGAGGAUAUCCGCAACGCGAAGGCAGCUUUGGAAGGGCUGCUGAGGCGGGAUGCUGCACCCGCGACGGCGGCGGAGAUCGCUGGUGGUGAAGAGGUGAGGGAAGGGGAAGCAAACAGGUGAGAGCUGCGUAUGGUUUGGUCGCGUUGCGGAAAGAAUAAAAAAAGAAGGGGCAUCUGAACUAGUUUAACCUCUCGAGCGAUUUGAUAGACUUUUCUUGGCGUUGAAUACAUUGUACUCUCACCAUGCGAACGAUAGGGUAGAUAUCUUAAUUUGUGUGUUGUUGGAACUAUUCGAGCUAGCACUAGUUCUCGAAAAGAAGAGAAAAGAAAGUGAAGAAGAACACACACACACACACACACACACAAAAAAAAAAAAAAAAAAAAA